CUUCAAAAGACUGAUGCGCAGAUACCUUUCAGCGACAUUUCACGUUGAGAAGUCCAUGCUCGUUCAAGGACGGAUUACAGGGUUUCCUCAUUUACAUUUUGAAUAUCCCCAAAGAACCGCUGCUUACCAGCUAUACUCUCAACCAUCAUGCCUGCUCUUGCAAACGAACUUAUUUCACGUCUAACGCCUGCUUCGAGCGUCCACUUGCUAUUAGUGGCGUUUGUACUCUAUCGUAUCGGUGUCGUCAUUUGGCGACUCUUCUUCCACCCUCUUGCCGGCUUCCCAGGGCCCAAGCUCUACGCGGCUUCUUACUUACCAUUCACCUUUCAGAAUUAUGUUAUGGGAACGCUCGUGAAAGAGUCGCUAAAUUUGCACAAGAAGUACGGCCCAAUUGUCCGUGUUUCCCCUACCCGCCUCGCUAUCGACGGCUCUAUAGCCUGGCCGGAAAUCUUCACUAGACGCCCUCACCAGGCUGAGUUCGAAAAGACGGUCGAAUUUUACGGGCUGUCUGAUAGGAUCGGUAUCUUUCCGACCUACCGCGAAGACCACCGACGGCAACGACGGAUAAUGGCCCAUGCCUUCUCCGAAGCCGCCUUGACAGAGCAGGAAUCCUACGUGAAAUCCUACGUUGACCUGCUGAUGUUGAGACUCGGCGAGCAGGCGCAACAAGGCAAGAUCUCCGACAUAGCCAAGUGGUACAAUUGCUUUACGUUCGAUGUUAUCGGCGAGCUAGCGUUUGCUGAUCCUUUCUACUCUCUGGAGAAGAGCGACUAUCACCCAUGGAUUGCCAUGAUUUUCUUCUCAAUCAAAGCCAACAGCAGGAUUAUGUUUCUGUUUCAAUACUCCUUCCUACGCCCGUUUCUUCUACUAGUGGGCAGCAAGACGAUGCGGAUGAAGGACGAGUCCGAAAAUCUCGCCCGCGAGAAGACUGACAAGAGGUUGGCCCUCAGAGACGACAACCGCAAGGACUUUAUGUCCUAUAUCCUCCGGAAUAACAAGGAGGAUGGGAACGGGAUGUCCCACGAAGAAAUCCACGCCAACUCUCGGGCUUUCAUCGUUGCGGGCAGUGAGACCACGGCCACCGCGCUCUCAGGCUUAACGUUCCACCUGACGCGUAACCCUGAUGUGUACAGAAAUCUCGUGCAGGAGAUACGAGAGGCGUUCGCUUCCGAGGAGGAGAUUACGACGAAGUCCACGAAGAGGCUAACCUACCUCCACGCCUGCCUCGAGGAGACGUUGCGCAUCUACCCGCCAGCUGCCGAGACGCCCCCAAGGGUCUCUCCCGGCGAUGUCAUUGACGGGAAGUUUAUUCCCAAAGGAACCUACAUAUCCGUAUACCAGUGGGCGACGCACCACAACCCACUUAACUUCGCCGACCCGGACGCCUUCAGGCCCCAGCGCUUCCUCCCCGUGGCUCACCCGUUGUACGAGUCCAGAUAUUCUACGGACAACAAAGCGGCCUUUAGGCCAUUCUCGACUGGGCCCCGGGACUGCAUUGGAAAGAACCUUGCCUACGCGGAGAUGCAAGUAGUCGCGGCCAGGCUGCUAUGGAGCUUUGAUAUUGAGCUGCAGGAGGGCCAAGAGGAUUGGGUCUCGUCCCAGGCCACCUUUACUGUCUAUCACAAGGGUCCGUUGAUGGUAAAGCUAAAGCCUCGGGCUAAGUAAGGGAGGAUGUGUUUCUCGAAACAUAGGGAAUGAGUAUAGCUACAUAUAGUGUAGUGUCUUACGUUUUUUCUCUUGUCACCCUCUCUUGGUUCUUGGAAGCUCUUGUGGCAUGUGGCAUAGAAUAGGGUUAGUAUUCGAAGCUCCUGAUUAUCAUUUAAGGUCUAAAGG